AUGGCUGAGCUAGCUGUCAAGUCUACUGGAGAAGAAGAGAAGAUAUAUCUUCAGCUAUUGUUUGUUACCGUCGCUGCUUUGGUUCUUGUCGUGUUUGUUGUGUCUAUCAUAUUUUCAUGCUGGUGGUUGAAGAGUCAAAAAUGGGAAGAUGAGGCACAACUAACGGACGCCGUGUAUUAUAUCACAUUGCCGCCCGAGGAAACCGCUUCUAAGUGUUCCAGAAAUGCCAGUCAGAACAGUUAUCUUCGUCCCGGAUCUCCGGAGGAUCCAGAACUAAUUGAGCUGUUGCCGACACAUGCGGAAUCAGAAACGAAGCAACAAUCAGGUGAUCAAAGACCUCCAUCCCAGCUCUACAUAAGUCCCUCGAGUGCAGGAAUUUCUCCUGGCACUGCCUCCGAAAUGGGGAUGCACGGAGCAUCUAGCAUAUGCCCCACAAGCUAUCCCAUUCCCCGUUAUGUAAUAGCAGGCGGAGUGAAUACAAACGUUACUUAUGGCCAGUCCCCUCUGACAGAAUCAACGGUGUUGGGUGGAGCGCCCAUUCUUAUUUCUGCCAAUGCAGCUGGCCUCCUUUCAAGUCCGUCUGACGGAACAUCCAGUCCUCCUGUAGCAUACGUUCGUCUGGCACCGCAACAACCGGGGACUACCAGUGCCAGUUUUCUGGCUUCUACCGAUGCAACACUCAAAACUACCAGCAAUCUUCUACCUAGCGGAGGCCACAGCUCCCUCCGAAUGCGCACACUGCCCGGUCGUCGUCACGUGGCCAAAGAAUUCCUUGAUGAAUCUGUUGUAGCAACCAUGACUCGAUCGCGAGGUAAAUCGUACGCAGCUGCAAUGACCGGAAACCGAUCAAGUGUGACUCAGCCUAUUCCCGAAGCGUCCACAAUGACUGGACAAGCCACCCAGCCAGCUCUACUAUCUCUUCACACCCCAUUGGUUCUUGUCCCGGGGGUCGGUGCGGAAAACGUAUCCAGUUUGGAUUCGGCUGUAGCUGUCAUGCCUGGUACACGAGCUGUUAUUCCCAGCUUGUCAACUGUGGGGCGCACUGACUAUCCGUUGGAUUCGGGUGCAGCCCGUGAUACACAGCUUUACGUGAGUCGGGAUCCAGCAAUCAGUCUAGUUGAACUGUUCACUCAUUCCACAGUUCCUCUGUCGAUUUCUGCCGGUUCGAGUGCAGGCACAACGGUGUCUGCUGCUGUAUCCGUCUCCUCCGCAUCUGCAAUUCAGGAUCCGCUUGGACAAGGUUCGAAUGAAACCAGCGGAAUCGUUACAGAUUCUGACGGAAGCACAAAUCUGAUUGGUCCAGAGUGUGCUGCUCUUUUGACUGGUUCGACUCAACCAAGCAUUGGCCCCGGGUCAAAUAUGAAUCUGCUCUCAUCCGGAGUGGGUACCUUGGUUGCUGCUACUCCCUCAGUAGCGUCUCUGCUUGCUUCCGGAGUAUCGAUCGCCAGCAGAUCUCAACCAACCGUGGUUCCUCUCUCUGUGCUCACUGGAGUGUCAAAUCCGUCUGCCAGUGCAACCUACGUUCCAACUGACUUGAUUGCUGAGAUGGCUUCGUGUCCACAGCACAGCUAUUUGUUUCGGCAGACCCCAUCAACAGAGGAGACCACGGGUCAAAGUGCCGGCCGGGUUGAGGGUAAUAGCACAAAAGAAACAGUCGCUCAUACUGGCAAAGAAGCCGUGGCAGCAGCGAAGACUGGCAAACGUGGUCCGACGGUUUCGACGGCCUCUACAGCCGCCACAAAUACCAGCUCGACCACGGGCAGUAGUGCUAGUUCACUCCAAACGGUUGUGGCAGCGGAUGAGUAUGCCUUGGGCAGUGGUGCCGGUAUCCCUGAUGUCCCCGGCCUAUUCAAGGCAGAUUUUCCACUCACUACCUCUGCCAAAUCCUCUGGGAUUCAGAGCAAAACGAGCAAGGCGGAUAUCGUUAUUGAAUCCGCUAAUGAUGGUGGUGGAUCAUCCACGCUGUCCAGAAAUCGACAUGGCCCCAGUCCACCAAAGAGAAGUGUCAGCCUGACGGGAAAACAAGCAGCACUCAAAGGGUCACAGAUUUCAUCUACAGGGCACACAAUCGGCACGACUGCCCAUUCUCCUGGCACCGAAAUCUCUGAUGUGACUCCUACUUCUGGAAUUUCGACCACGAACGGUGAUCGCACCGGGGAUGAUAUGUCGUCUGCACUAGACAAACUAAGCUCAUUCGAGAACGGUACAGACAUGAAAGGUGACUCUGUGCUGAGUACGGUAGAAUCGGAGACGUAUCAUGGUGAAGUACGUUCAGCCACGCUGGGCCGCACUUCGUCAGCAAUAGCAAAAGAAUCAUCGGUUGACCUAGCUCCGGGAUCUUCUGCUACGCUUCCUUCCAGUGGUUCAAACCCACGUUCAGCACUGAAAAGUGCUGAUCGUACGGGGCCGAAAGUGAGCAAACAGUAA